AUUCGAACACUCGUUGCGGAAUGACGCUAUACUUUGCGUUUCUCGCGACGCUGAUAAUCAGCCUUGCGAGUGGUCAAAACUUUAACUACAAUCAGAUACGACCUGGCACAUAUGGCAGCAAUCCCAGCGAGAAUCGCAUAAGGACAUUUCCUUGGGUGGUUGCUGUGCUCGACCAGAGGGAUUGGCUGUUUCGCUAUAUAGGAGUGGGAUCUCUCAUUAAGCCCAAUGUGGUCCUUACUGCCGCUCAUAUUCUGAACGAAACACUCGAAGAUGAUCUGCUGGUGCGAGCUGGCGAAUGGGAUACCUCGACUACGGCUGACCAGCAGCACGUGGAUCUCGAGGUGCUGAAUAUAGUCUCCCACGAACAGUUCAACAGAUUCAAUGCCGAAAACAACAUGGCGUUACUCAUUCUGGUAUCCGCAUUUGAGAUGACAGCCAAAAUUAAUAUCAUCCCAUUGUACCUAGGAGAAGCUAAUAUUCGAGAAGGAUCCUGCUUUUUCAACGGCUGGGGAAAAGUAUAUUUGAACUCGACGGACUACCCCACCGUUCUGAAGACGGUCCAGGUCGAUCUUGUGAGCAUAGAUAUGUGUAGCAGGCGGCUUCGCAGAAAUCUGCCCGUCCAGCAAAUAUGUGGGGAAGGUCUGGAAGGCAAGGAUUGCAGUGGCGACGGUGGGGCUCCUCUGGUUUGUCAGAUACUUACAUAUCCAUCCAAGUACGCACAGGUGGGCAUUGUCAACUGGUUAAGUCAAGUGCCUGGCGUUAAUACACCCACUGUCUAUACGAAUGUACUUGUUCUGCUCCCUUGGAUUGACUACCAGCUUAGACUUGGAGCGAACUUCCGUCCCAGAAGAUGAAAACUCACGCUCUAGCCAGUUAUUUAUUAAAUCUUUAUUCGGAGAAUCAGAAAAGAGAGCAAACCGUUUGAAAAGUCUCAAAAUUAACUGCAAUGGUUAUUACCUAAAUAAAAAGUGGCCUGUGUCCAAUCCCAAAUGUCACGGAA